GCUCACGUCAUCCACCGUCGACGGGUCUUGGCCGGUGACGUAGUGUGCGUCCUGCGGGAGAAGUUUGAAAAUAAACGUGAAACUUUUUGGACGUUUAACGUGGUCGUCUGUCGUUGGCUUCUCACUCACUUUCGACAACAACAACGAAGCGAAGUUUGACGUCGGACGCUCGACGCCUGCGUUCAGGCAGUGAUGUCUUCCCCCGCAGACGUCCGCCUGUCGGCCGCCGCCGCCGCGGACGCUAAAGCAGAUCUGGCCGCGCUGCUGGAGGAGUGGGAGGAGGUGCAGCGCGGCCCCACGGAGCAGCUGGUGUCCAGUCUCACCAGGAUGUCUGAGCUGAUUGAACGGGAGACCAGAGAGUAUCACAAGGCCGACCCCGAUCCGUUCGAUGACCGGCAUCCAGGUCGAGCGGAUCCUGACUGCAUGCUGGGGCAGCUUCUGAAGAUGCUGUUUCUGAACGAUGACUUCACUAAUGCGCUGUUGGACACGUACAUUAUGAACAGCAGGGAGAUCAGCCUGAACACAGCAGCCUCUCGUCUGCUCCAGAACAUCAUGCCGGGCCUGGACACAGCGGUCGUCUUCCAAGACAAGGAAGGUCUGAUCGAGAAGCUGUUCGUUUGGGCUCACGAGGCAGAGCGGCCGCUGAGCGUCUACGCCACGGGUCUGCUGGCCAGAGCCAUGAGCAACCAGGAGGUGGCGGCCAACUACCGGGAGCAGAACCAUCAGCUGAUUUCCAUCGUGAUUCAGCGUCUGCGUCAGCUGCAAACCGACGAGGCCAUGGGUUCCAAGAACCCCCCCCAGGAUCUACCUCAGGAAUCUGGUGCUGUCACCACCAGAACCUCCAGAACGUCAAGACAAGAGCCAGACAGCGCGGACGGAGAAAGCGUGGGAGCAGAACCGGUGUCUCAAAAUGGAGGCUGCAGCAGCAGCGCUGAACCCAGCUCCAUGCGAGCGCUCCCAGACUUCGUCUACCAAGCAGGCAUGGAUCCCUCCACCGUUGGGACCAGGCACAGGCAGGGAGGAAGAGCAGGAGGGAAGAGACCGACACCCAAGGAGAACGGGAGGAAGGCGAAGCAGAAGCUCCCGACUGCGGAGGAGCUGGACAGAAGCGACUCCAGCCAGAAGCCGACCAGCAGCACCUCGUGGUCCGAGGUGAGCUCCGUGGUGAUUGGCUCAGACUAUUGCCUGUCUCCACUGAGCCCGGCCAUGGAGCAGAGGCUCAUCCUGCAGUAUCUGACGCCGCUGGGAGACUACCAGGAGCUGCUGGCUGUCUUCAUGCAGAUGGACGCGCUGUCAUUGCUGAUGAGCUACAUAGACCUCACACACACCAACAACGUCCAGCUCACCUACGAUGCGCUGCUGUAUUUGGCGUCGCUGCUCCUCCAUAAGAAGUUCUCAGCAGAGUUUAUCGCCCAGGGGGGAGUCCAGCUGCUCCUGGACAUCCCCAGGCCGUCCAUGGCUGCAACAGGAGUCUCACUGUGCCUCUACUACCUGGCCUACAACCAGGACGCCAUGGAGCGGGUGUGCACGCUCCCCGACCCGGUGCUGUCCCGCAUGGUGGCCUUCGCCCUGUGGCUGCUGGAGUCGUCCCACGCGUCGGGCGUCUGCCACGCCACCAUGUUUUUUUCGAUCAGCUUCUGCUUCAGGGUGGUGCUGCAGCUCUUCGACCAGCAGGACGGCCUGCGCAGACUCGUCAACCUGGUCAGCACCCUGGAGAUCCUGAACACGGAGAGCGAGCGGUCCGACAUGAGCGACGACCAGAUCUUCUCCCACCGGCAGAAAGCCAAACACACCUGCAUGGCCCUGCGCAGGUACUUCGAGGCUCAUCUGGCAGUGAAGACGGAACAGGUCAAACAGUCCCUUCACGGUUCAGGAGGCGGCGCCGUCCCCCAGCAGCUGCACUACAAGGCCUACGUUUACACCCGAGAGCAGGUGAUCGAGAUGAUGGAGUUCCUCAUCGAGUGCGGGUCUCCUCAGCUGCACUGGGAACCGGUGGAGGUCUUCUACAAGUUGUCCUGUGUUCCCCUGAUGCUGCAGCUGAUCUCUGCGGCCUGUGACUGGAAGACCUACUACGGCAGGAGUGACGCGGUGCGCUACGCCUUGGACAUCCUGGCCAUGCUGACGGUGGUUCCCAAGGUCCAGCUGGUUCUGGCAGACACGGUGGAGGUUUUGGAUGAAAACCGAUCCCCUGUUUCCACCAUAGGUAUGAGCAUCGUUCUGGGCGUGGCAGAGGGCGAGGUAUUUGCCCAAGAAGCAGAGAUCCAGAAGUCUGCUCUGCAGGUGGUGAUAAACUGCGUCUGUGCUCCAGACCAGAACAUAAACACCCCCCCCAUCAAGCCGCCCCUCCACCCCCAGCAGCCCCCGGCCCCCCACAACCGGGUGCUGGUCCACAUGUGGCAGGUGGUGCAGAACAACAACGGCAUAAAGGUGCUUCUGUCUCUGCUCACGGUGAAGACGCCCAUCACAGACGCAGACCUCAUCCGCUCUCUGGCCUGCAAGGCGCUGGUCGGACUGUCCCGCAGCUCGGCCGUCCGGCAAAUCAUCAGCAAGCUGCCCCUGUUCACCAGCAGCCACAUCCAGCAGCUGAUGAAGGAGCCGGUGCUGCAGGACAAACGCAGCGAGCACGUGCGCUUCUGCCGCUACGCCGCCGAGCUCACGGAGCGGGUGUCGGGUAAAGCUCUGCUCAAGGGCAGCGAGGUGUCGCUGGCGCGUCUGCAGAAGGCCAACGUGGUCGCACAGUCGCGCAUCACCUUCUCUGAGAAGGAGCUGCUGGUGCUGAUCAGGAACCACCUGCUGUCCAAGGGGCUCCAUGAGACGGCCAGCACGCUGGCGAGAGAGGCCCAUCUGAGCGUGGCCUCCAGCCUCCCCCCGCCCCCCUCCAGCCUCACCCCUCCUCCCCCCCGGCCCUGCCGCCGCGCGUCCGCCCACGUCGCCUCCUCCCCCCUGUCCCCUGUCGCCUCCCCCUCCCCCGCCCGCUCCCUAGCGACUCUGCACCCGUCCUCUGCAUCCGCCUCUGCCCACCUCACCCCACCCCCCCCUCCUCAGGGGCCGGCGCUACAUCCAGUGGGCCGCAUUCUGUUCUCACGGGAGCGUCCAGUGUCCGUCUGCAACUCGGGGAAGAAACUCCGGGCCCUGAAGCAGAAGUCCGACCACGGUGCUUUCAUUCAGACUCCAGCCAUGAAGAAGCAGCCGGAGCACCACCUGCCCUCCCCCCCGACGCUCGACGGCAUCAUCACCGAAUACCUGCGGGAGCAACACGCCCGCUGCCCCAACCCUGUCACCACCUGCCCCCCGUUCUCCCUCUUCACCCCCCACCGCUGCCCCGAGCCCAAGCAGAGGCGCCAGGCGCCGCUCAACUUCACCGCUCGCCUCGGCAGCAGGGUUCUGUACCCCAGGUACGGCGGCGUGGACCGAGGCCCGCUGGACCGCCACCUGAUCUUCAGCAGGUUUCGUCCGAUGUCCGUCUACCACGAAAGAGACGGAGACGAGAGCGGCUUCACCUGCUGCGCCUUCUCCGCCUGCGAGCGCUGCCUGAUUCUGGGAACCUGCUCCGGACACAUCAAGUUCUACAGCAUGUUCUCUGGAGACGAGGAGGCAGACUACACCUGCCACACCUCCGCCAUCACGCACCUGGAGCCCUCCAGGGACGGGAAGCUGCUGCUCACCUCUUCUUCCUGGUCCACUCCCCUGUCGGCUCUGUGGAGUAAGGACGGUGUCUUCAGCAUGAAACACUCGUUCGUGGACGACCACGAUGUCGAGUUCAGUAAACUCUGUCAGGACCGAGUCGUCGGCACCAAGGACCAAGUGGCGCAUAUUUACGACAUUCAGACGGGCCAGAAGGUUCUGACGCUGAACGAACCCGCUUUGGCCAAUAGCUACAAGAAGAACCGCGCCACCUUCAGCCCCACGGACGAGCUGGUGCUGAACGACGGGGUUCUGUGGGACGUGCGGGCCUCCCGGGCCGUACACAAGUUCGACAAGUUCAACAUGAACAUCAGCGGCGUGUUUCACCCCAGCGGCCUGGAGGUCCUCAUCAACACCGAGAUCUGGGACCUGAGGACCUUCCACCUGCUGCACACCGUCCCCGCUCUGGACCAGUGCCGCGUGGUGUUCAACAGCAGCGCCACCGUCCUGUACGGAGCGAUGCUGCAAGCCGACGACGAGGACGAGGCCAUGGACGAGCAGAUGAAGAGUCCGUUCGGCUCGUCCUUCAGAACCUUCGACGCCACAGACUACAAGCCCAUCGCUACAGUGGAUGUCAAGAGGAACAUCUUGGACCUGUGCACUGACAGCAAAGACUGCUACCUGGCUCUCAUCGAGAACCAGGACACUGUGAGCUUGGACACGGUGUGUAGGCUGUACGAGGUGGGACGUCAGAAGCUGCCGGAGGAGCGACACGACGACGAUGAGGACGAGGACGACGACGAUCAGGAUGACGACGACGACUCCUCGGACACGGACGACGACGACAUCGACACAGACCGGCUCAUAGCGGAGCUGACCAGCGAGGACCCAGAGAACGUGGGCCGCGCCGGCUCCGUCAGCGAGGAGGAGGUUGUCCGUCUCCUCCACAGCCGCAGCAGCAUGGAGGAAGACGAGGAUGAUGAUGACGACGACGACUCAGACCGGUCAGAUGCAAGUGAUAACGGACCAGACUCUGGUGACCUGUCGGCACCGUCGGAUGAUGAGGACGCUCAGCUCUUGGGCUCGUGGUCGUGAUUGGACUCACGGACUGUUGUCCUGAAGAGGAUCCUCGGCUCAGACUGUUCUAGUUUCAGGCCAGUGGAGUGUGAGCGCCUCGAGUCCUGGAGGUGAAAAAACUCUGCUUGUUCUGACACUUUUAGCGCAACGAAGGCGGAGUUAGGAGCCAAACAGUUUUAACGUCCACCUCAAAUUUAAUUUAUUUUGAGUGUUUUGACUUUAUUUAUUUCUAAUUAUUCCAGACAGCAGCACUGACUGUCAUCAGGUUGACGUUUUUGUUUCAUUCACUGUUUUAUUCAUUUCACAGUUAAAACAAGUCAAAGUUUUCUUUUUGAAGAACAGAGUUUUUACCUGAAAGUCAAUGAUGCAAAUAAUCAGACGGUGAAGUUCAAUAAAACCUCUGUCAUCAUGUUUUUCAUUGAUGAAGCCAUUGUUGAUUAGAAUUUGUCAUGGAAAUUUAAAACGUCAGUUUUUUUGUUGCGCUGUUAAAAACCACACGCGUUCUUCCUCAAAGCGUGAGAGACGUCUUCCUGCAGGUCACUGGUCCCAGAGCUCUUAAACUGGGAAACGGGACGUGACCUGCUGAACAUCCACAGCAUCAAACAUGUCCAGCUGUUUGUUUGGCCGCUUUUAAACCUCACCUGAAGGCGAUGCAGAUUAAAGUUUAAAAUGGAACCACAA